GUCAACUCUCGAUCGAGCCCAUCCCGGUGACAAUGGACCACCGUUAGGCUGUUGAUGUUCGAUUGCUGUAUAAACUGCUCGACCACAAACCAUCGCCCAAAGACGAGUGAAACGAUGGAGAGCACGAUCCAAAUGGUACGUAUCAUUCUGCAGUACGCACAACACCCAACAAAGAACUCAUCCGCAUGUAAGAGAUGGCAGGACUUGCGUCUUCGAGCGUACGUCUCAUUAGUCUCAUUAUCUCUAGACAGGAUAAUGGGGAUGUGCAUUAUGUGCAGUCUAAUGUUGAUUAUAGCUUGGGAUUUCAAACUAAUGACUAUCAGUUGUGGAAGAAUCUCCGACGCGCAACAAUGAAGUUAUGGCUGAUUCCUUUGCUGUAUCUUGGGACUUCGCUUGCCAUAAGAAAUGAGCGCCUGGUGGUUGAUGUAGUCAACUGGCAGCAACUGAAAGUAGUCUACAUUUUCCACUGCUUUCACCAGCAACAUGGUCCAGAAUUCAUUCACCUUGUACAUAGUGUGAGAAGAAACUGUCCAAACAGUAUGGCUUUCGUGAAUGUGGCCAGCUUUCGCGAGCGCAACUUCGUUACCUCACUGGGCUCGGUUCAUGUCAGGGUUGGUCUCAUGGCCGACCUGAACUGUCGGGACAUGAACAGUGUGCUACCGAUGCUUUCCGAACGAGGUUAUUUCAAUGGGGAGCGCUACCGUUGGUUUUUGUACGGUUUGCGUGCCCUGGAGGAGAACAGGAAGUUGUUUCAGCGGCUCAAUAUUACGGUUGCUACCAAUGCACUGCUGUUUCUUCCGGGUGGCGCAGACUGGGCGAUUCUUGACGUUGGUGGACAGUGGAGGACUAACGGUUGGUAUGUAAGCUUCCUGCAGAUUGGCAGCUGGAGCGUGAGCACCGGUUUGAUGGUGUGGAACAACAGAAGCUCGUACGAAAGACGGUUGAUCCUUUCUGGGAUGCAACUGUCGGGUAUCAGUAAGACCAGAGCAUUGCAGAACAGCUCGCUGGAUGGUGGAAUGCAGGAUAACCGUGCCUACGGACUGCGUCUCUGGAAUGUUCUAUCCAAACGGCACAACAUCGGCCUUGCGUUCAAUCUGACCAUGGAAGAUGAUGAUCAAUUGGCAGACUUUAUCCUCGAGCCGGUUGAGAUAAAACAAACCCACAUCCACAAGCUUGACUACACGGCAGCAGUUCAGGAUACUCAAACGAUUCUUCUGUUUCUACACCCCAACGUUGACCGUUUGAAUAACUCAUUUCUGCAUCCCUUUCGACCCUCAACACGGCUGGCAGUUGGUGUUCUGUUUGUUGUGUUUACCCUGCUCAUGUAUAAGGCGCUAAGGUUCGAGCAGCACCUGAACCUACAGCAAGACAGAGAAAAUGGCUUUUUGGUGCUUGUUCUGGGGAUACUUUGUCAGCAAGGCUUCAUCGAGAAUAGCAGAACGUACGCCAGUCGAAUGACGCUGUUCUGCAUGUUGAUCUUCAGUAUGCUAGUUUAUCAGUUCUAUCUGACGUACAUCGUUAGUCUGCUGCUGGUGGUGCCACCGAAAAACAUUCAGACGCUCAAGCAAUUGGUACAGUACGAGUUUGCCGUGGCGUUGGAAAAUGCACCCGAAACGGUGGAGUUCUUAAAUAGCACGGAGGACGAAUCUUUCUUGACGCUGGUCCAAACGCAGCUAGCUAGAACUGGUAACGUGUACUACGAUGUUGAGGAAGGAUUUUCGCUCAUGGAACAAGGCAGAAGUGCUUUCGUUUGUGAUGCUUAUCGGGCCUAUCAGCUGAUACGACACCAUUUCACCGAUGAGCAACGCUGCGCCCUGCAGGAAAUUCCACUGACGGGUAAGAAACCGAAACACCUGGCACUGGCGAAAGAUCACCCGUUGGAGGAACAAUUUCGCGUCACGGUACAGAAGAUCAUCGGCACGAGUAUCGUACAGUAUGAGCGGAGCCUUUGCUACGCCGACAAGCCAAGGUGUGCCGAGAAUGAGGUUAAAAUGCCAGAGGUUAACCUAGAUCAGGUGUCCUCGGUGCUGACGCUGUUGAUUAGUACGAUUGUCGGAAGUGUCGCUAUUCUGCUGUUGGAAAUCACUGUCAGCAAGGUUUUGCCUGGGCGACACUGAGCUGCCUAUCAUAAAGGCCGCUGGAAAGUUAAACAUUUCCACCGAAAAACCAUCAAUCAAUUUCUCUGGCAAAAUUUGUUAGUUUUACAGUUAAAACUGUGCUUUUCAGAUGUAGACUUUGUAGAGGACUUUGAAUGAAUAGAGGUCGCUGAAACAAU